UUGGCAUGCACAAAUCUUAAGCCAGGUCAUUCAUAAUCACCACGACUGCUGUGUUAGAUAUUGAUAAUACAUGAAUCUAUGAGAUUUUCUUAAAAGACCAGAGCCAGCUAAAGUAUGUGACAGUUGUGUGGGAUGUAAUCAAAGUGCCUCCUGCAACAACGGGCUGCUUGCGUUGAGUGCUGCCUAUUUUUAGAACUGCUCAAACUGUCGUGUGCUGUAUGAAAUCCUGCUUUUAUAUCGGGAUUAGGCCUAACUGGUCCUUAUCCGUUUGUGGCUUGCAAUAAUGCGAAUAAAUGCAGCAAAGUGAACAUUUUAGUAAAAUAUGUAGACUUUACAUAUGUAUUAAAUCAAAGUUUUUUCCAAGUUUGCAACUGACAGUGCAUGAUAAAAUAAUGUAAAUAAGCGGCCGCUCUCUACUGGAGGUCAUGGGCGGCUCAAAAGAGUGUCCAUGGGCGCUGAACUGUGGAUAUACCAUCAGUAGCCCACUUGCAAGAAUCUGCAUCCAUUUGUACAGUGGUGGUUGUACUGGUUUUAUCUAGUGUGUUGUCCUGUAAUGACGUCAGCCCUACUGGCCAUGCUGCUCUCUGUCGUCUGCUCCUCUAUUUUACUGGUGACCGUCUUGAUGGGAGAGACGUGGACCACAGGAACUGGUGACGUAGUAUACAACAACCUGCAUGCAUUUGGCGCUCUCUUGCCUGACGCUCCUGCUGCUCAGAUCUGGAAGCUGGGCCACUCGCCCCUGCCUGCCACCCCCCUGCCCGAAGAUGCCACUGUUUUCACAAGUGCUGACAUGCCGAAGCGAGGCGACUACUACCCCGAGGUGGGCAACGGUCACGUGGCUACCGUGGUACAGAGCGACACCAUCUGCAUGAACGGUCUGUACAACGGCCACAACAUCACCAGCCACAGGGCCAGGCUCGCCUCACCCGUCGGCUACAGCCUCACCCCGGCCCGACCCACGGGGCUCACACGCAGCUACAGUCUGGACGUGGGCAGAGCUAUCUUCAGUGAGUCCUACACAGCCCCGGGGGUCGACAUCACGCUACGGACCUACGCACAUCGUCAGCUCACGGCUGUUCUGGUCAACGAACUUGUCUUGUCCCGGGAUGACGUCACACAGGAAGUGACGGUGACAACACACUUGAACACAGGACAGCCAAGUGAUGACGUUAAGUUUCUCAACGACACACCUGGAUUUCAGCAUGGCCAGACACUGGAGGCUGAGUACCCUGAGAUAGCUCCCCCAACAGACUUUUACAUCAAAUCUACAGCCGACCUUCCGCCAACAGUGACCUUGACCCCUGGGGUUAGUUCAAUGACCUUGCUACACCUGACUGCCAUCGACGUUAAAAAGGAGAUCGUGCAGGCGGCUUUUGAUCAAGCCCUCUCCCAGUUUGCCCAGGGAACUCUACUGGCUAAUCACGUGAGUGAGUGGACCAAGGUGUGGACCAAUGGCCGUAUAGACACCAAAGGGGACGUCAGCGUGGCACGCCUCAACUACGCCAGCUUGUACUACAUCCUCAGUUCUCUCCCCUUCAAUGGAAGCCGACCAGACUGGCCGUUCAUUGGCCUGUCUCCCGGGGGUCUCGCUCACGGUGUGGCAGGCAGGGACUACAACGGUCACGUGUUCUGGGACCAAGACACGUGGAUGUUCCCGCCAAUCGCCCUGCUCCACGCCGACCUAGCCCGCACCAUCACGGAGACGCGGCUCAAGACGCUGGACAGUGCCCGGCUGCUGGCCCAGAGGACGGGCUACCAGGGGGCGCGCUAUCCUUGGGAGUCGGCCUUCACAGGACUAGAGACGUGUCCCGCCGAGCCCUACGGCGAGAUGGAAAUUCACAUUAACGGUGACGUCACGGUGAUGUUACGUCAGUUCUGGCAGCUGACGCAGGACAAGGAUCUGAUGUCACGUGGGGCGGAAGUUGUCUGGGAAACGGCCAAGUUCUGGAGCUCCAGGGUGACCCAGAACCCUGACCACACUUACAGCAUUCAGGGUGUGAUGCCACCAGAUGAGUACAACUACCCUGUCAACGACUCCGCCUACACCAACAGCAUCGCCUCAAUCAACUUGGCAUUCGCGAACACGCUGGCCCAGGUCUUUGGCAAGCCAGCUAAUCAAACCUGGGCUGACAUCAGCAAGAACCUGCGGAUCCCGUACGACCCUGACCUUGACUACCACCCAGAGUUUGAGGGCUACCAGCCGACGACCCGCACCAAGCAGGCAGACGUCGUGUUGCUCGACUUCCCGCUCAUGCGUGACAUGGCGCCUUCCACGCGGAAAAACGAUCUGACGAUAUACGAGGCGAGUACACCAGUCGGCCCCGCCCCUGCCAUGACGUGGGGCAUGUUUCUGCUCGGCUGGUUACAGCUCGGCAACCAAUCCAAAGCCUCGCAGCUCUACGACCGUGCCGUCUUGAACGCUCAGCAGCCAUUUCUGGUGUGGUCUGAGAACUCGGAUGGUGACGGCGCUACCAACUUCCUCACCGGCAUGGGAGGCUACUUGCAACUCGUCCUCUUUGGCUAUGGCGGCGCGCGCAUUUAUGACGACCAUCUGACCUUUGACCCAGUUCUGAUCACAAGGACAACAGAGGUCACGUUUACUGGUCUGGACUACCGAGGCUGCAGCUUUGACCUCAGCUACAGUGAAAGUAACUUAACCUUGACCCAAACUCAGGUGAAUGCGGGUCACGUGGGGUUAAAGGUCAAGUUCGCGGACUCGGCUGCAUGGGUGUCCCUAACGACUGGUCAACCGGUCCUGAGCAAGAGGCAAAGUUUGGCUCUCAUGUCUGUCGCAUAGGCCAGAAGUCACGUGAUGGACUCACGCGUGACGUCACACUACAACUUGAGAUCACGCGUGACGUCACACGCUUGCACAGUGUUUCUUCCAGACUUUUUUGUCCGGUGGGGGGGGGGGGGUGCCUGGAAGAAACCCUGCGCUUGCUUUAGUAGGCAUUUGACGUCACUUGAUUUGAACGCGAGUGAUAUCCCACGCCAUCGUUAGAACUGCUCCAGCAUAUUUUGAUCUUGUUCAUUUCAAACAAAAAAUAGAGAUCUAGCUCAAUCCUUUAAACAUCCUUCACUCUAGGCUCGCAAUGUUUGCCUCACGAAAUUUGUGUUUGUUUCCGGCUUUGUUAAUUGUUUACUAAUAUGUGUCGUCUCUCCCCCCCCCCCCCUUGCAACCCGUUCCCUCGCCUUGUCCAACCCCUGACAGGGGUCUGCAACCAGCAUCUCCCAGCGUGGCUCUGUGCCGUUAUUUGAUUGGUUAACUGCGGCUCUGUCAGCCAAUGUAAACAACAGUUGCCAAAAGCUGAAUUAAAAAAGCGCAAUCAAACCUCUUGCUGUGUGCAGCAGGUCUGCUAGAGGGCAGCUAAGAUAGGACGUCCAGCUUGGCUUCUGCGGUUUUCUUUCAGAGAUCUUGUACUCAUUGGCACUUGAAGUAGGUCGCCGCCCCUGACCAGAGGUGAAAACAAUUCGUUUGGUGACCUCAUUUGUGCCCUCUUUGUUUAGGCUCUGCAACGUGAAUGACGUCAUUCAUCGACCCAAGACACGUCACCUUUUAGCUAGCGCAGGAUGCUGUCAUAAAGUUGGCACAUGUCCAUUUUUUUAUGACCCCACGUGACCUGACCCGCUUACACCUAAAUGCUUGUGUCUCAAUUACACUAAUACAUUACUUCUAUAACUAUACACAUUUGCUUAUAUCAUUGACAUUAAUAAAAGAUAACUAAAAACUA